AUGGGGCUGCACUGCCCUGGGGCCCGAACAGGGGCCUUUUUCGUGCAUGCCUUACCAGAGUCGACAUCAACUAAGCCAAUAGCGAAACAAAUAUCAAUAAAUUUGAAGGGCCCAGUCGUUGCUGGCGCGGUUCAGGAGUGGAGCUAUGAUCAAUACUGGGCUCCUCGACUACCGUCCUAUCAACAGCCCUCCCGGGCAGAUCUCUUCGACCAGCUCUUUGUUUCCCAUUUCAUCGAGUCGUUUGGCUUCAAGGAAUCUACAGCUGAUAACCCGUCGUCGACCUGGCUUGACAAGCUAGCCGUAUUCAUCACCCUACCAUCUCCAACGCUCGUCAAGAGCUCCAUCAGAGCUGGGUCAAUGUUUUUCUAUGGCUCAUUGGUGCAUGAUGUUUCAAUACGCACCGAAGCCAACAAGUGGUACCUCAAGGCUCUUCACGGGCUGCGAUGUCUGCUAGAACAGCAAGCUGGGGUUUUUACCGGGGAUAUCAUUUGCUCUGUUGUGAUGCUUGCUCACUUUGAGACUACUGCCGGAACCUCUGGAGAAGCAUGGUUCCAGCAUGUGCAAGGUGCAACACAGAUGCUCCAAUCAGGCGGACCCGCAAGCUGUCGAGAUGGGUUUCUACACCAACUAUUUAGGCAUUUAAGACUUUUAGCCGUGAGUAUCUGA